AUGGCUCCUCGUCAAAAAACUUCGGCGGCCUCACAGAAAUUGCGCUCCAGACCAAGCGAUGUACAGCCGGGCGAUCCAUUACCUACAAGACAGAAGCGACGAUAUCGGCCGGGCACCGUUGCGUUGCGAGAGAUCAGGCAAUACCAGUCAAAUACAAAGCUUUUAUUGUUAAAACUACCAUUCAUGCGCCUUGUUCGUGAAAUUGGAUUGAAUUGUCGGCCGAGAGGGAAAGACUUCAGAUGGCAGAGUCAGGCUAUUCAGGCACUACAAGAGGCCGCGGAGGCCUUUAUGGUACAUCUUUUUGAGGAUGCGCAGCUAUGCGCUGUCCACGCAAAGAGAGUUACACUUAUGCAAAAAGAUAUACAGCUUGCGAGGAGAAUCCGAGGCAUCUGGGGCGGCCUUGGUUGA